GAUCCAUCAGUUACCCAGGUGACAAGAAAUGUUCCACCAGGACUUGAUGAAUAUAAUCCAUUCUCGGAUUCUAGAACACCUCCACCAGGCAGUGUGAAAAUGCCUAAUGUACCCAAUACACAACCAGCAAUAAUGAAACCAACAGAGGAACAUCCAGCUUAUACACAGAUUGCGAAGGAACAUGCUUUGGCCCAAGCCGAACUUCUUAAACGCCAGGAAGAACUAGAAAGAAAAGCUGCAGAAUUAGAUCGUCGAGAACGAGAAAUGCAAAACCUCAGUCAACAUGGCAGAAAAAAUAACUGGCCACCUCUUCCUGCCAAUUUUCCUGUGGGACCUUGUUUCUAUCAGGAUUUUUCUGUAGACAUUCCUGUAGAAUUCCAAAAGACAGUAAAGCUUAUGUACUACUUAUGGAUGUUCCACGCUGUAACACUGUUUCUAAAUAUCUUUGGAUGCUUGGCUUGGUUUUGUGUUGAUUCUGCAAGAGGGGUUGAUUUUGGAUUGAGUAUCCUGUGGUUCUUGCUUUUUACUCCUUGUUCAUUUGUCUGUUGGUACAGACCACUUUACGGAGCUUUCAGGAGUGACAGUUCAUUCAGAUUCUUUGUAUUCUUCUUCGUCUAUAUUUGCCAGUUUGCUGUACAUGUACUCCAGGCGGCAGGAUUUCAUAAUUGGGGCAAUUGUGGUUGGAUUUCAUCCCUUACUGGUCUCAACCAAAACAUUCCUGUUGGAAUUAUGAUGAUAAUCAUAGCAGCACUUUUCACAGCAUCGGCAGUCAUCUCGCUAGUUAUGUUUAAAAAAGUACAUGGACUAUAUCGCACAACAGGUGCUAGUUUUGAGAAGGCCCAACAAGAGUUUGCAACUGGUGUGAUGUCCAACAAAACUGUCCAGACUGCAGCUGCAAAUGCAGCUUCAACUGCAGCAACUAGUGCAGCUCAGAAUGCUUUCAAGGGUAACCAGAUUUAGAAAAUCUUCAAACAAUACACUGUUACCUUUUGACUAUACUUUUUUCUCUAAUUACUGUAUUCUACAAAUAUUUUUAUGUUCAAAACAUACAGUACACACAGCAUGGGUAUUUCCUGUUCACUUGUGCAUGAGCUAAAACCAGAAAAACUUCCUUAUUACUUUAUUUAAUAGUUUCUUAUUAUUUCAGUGCCCCUAGCAGAAAAAAAUAUUACAUGUUAAAUAAAUAUUCUCCAUAUUUUUUGGGGGAUGAUGUUCAGUGAAUUAUUUCAGUGGUGACACACCAAAAUUAAUAUGGUACAUAUGAUUAAAAAUGCACUUAAUGCUAAUUGCAAUAGUUCUUGCAAGAAUCUUUAGAAAUAAGGAUUACACAUUGGAACAGUAAAGCUAUGUUUCAUUUCUUUUUCCCUAUUUAUAUUGAAAGAAAUAGGCCAGCAGAGACUUACAGAUUUGUAAAUUGGCUUGCUUUUUACGAGUUUCAGUCACCAGUGAAAAGCCUGUGUGCAUUUUGUAGUAAAUAAUGUAAAUUUAUCCUCUUUUUCUCUUCUUUUUUUAGAGUAGUUAAUAUUUUGAUAACAAUUUCUGAUCUUGCAUGGGAACCAUGUUUCUUUAGUAUUUUGGGUUCUGUACUGCUUAUGGUUGUAGGAUUCAGGAGUUGCUUAUGGAAUCAUAGAAAUGAUUUUCUGUAAUUUAAUUAAAUUUUUAAUUUAAGUAAAAAUUUAUUGGGUUGCAAUAUAGAAAUUUAAUAUAAUAAGUAGUGCAUUAUCCAAAAGAUAACUUAAUAUAAUAUGCAGUACAUUAUCCAAAAUAGAAGUUAAUUGAUGCAAUAGAAUGUAGUGAUAAUUCCUUUUAUUUUUUUUUAUUUUCAGUAUUCACAUAGUAAAAUUUUACUGUAUGUAUGAAUGUUGGUAUAUUCUCCAGUUGAACUGAGAUUGUAUUUGGCAGCUCUUUUGGGGGGAGUGUGUGUAAUUUUUAAUAGCGCUGUUAAGAUAGCCUAAGAUAGCCUUGUCUAAAAAGAACAUACAGUAUUUAAAGGAUUUUUCUUUUAGCCUCUCAUUUCUACUGGCAAUAAAAAUAGAAAGACCCUGGCAUUUUUCAUAUACUUGAUCCCUGAUAUACCUAAGUCUUUCACUGUUUGAGACAAACUGAAUACAUUUAAAAUUUUCAGCAAUAGAAAAUAUAAAACAUUUAACUUGCACCAAGCAAGAAAAUACAAGUACAGUUAAAUGAAUUAAUUACGAUAGUAAUCACACUAAAAUUGUUACUAUGCAGCACAGAACUUCAUUCUUAUAGUGUAUUUGGGUUCAAACUUUCAAUUGUUUUUAAUACUGAUUAAAUGACUCAAAGAGUUUAUGGAUGCUACUUUGUUUUGAAAGGCUUUAGCUAAUUUAAGAUAACAGAGUGGUAGGUAGUGAUUUAUUCAAUUUGAUUUUAAGUAAGGUUAGUCUGCUGGAUUAUAUUAUUUGAGACUGCAAAUAUUUAAAAAAAAAAUCAGAUGGACAUAAAUGCAUGAAUCAUUUUCAUUCUCCCCAAAUCUGGAGUUAAAGUAAAUUUCAUGCUGGGGAUGGAAUACCGAGUUCCCGCUAUUUAUGAAGAAGCUCUCUGUGUUAUUACGUAAUGCAAAUCCAUCCGGAUGGUGUUUACAUUUGAUUUAUUUGGGACUUUACUGAAGUAAUAUACUUGGAAGAUAUUUCUUUUAUUCUGAAGAAAAUAGGAUUCAGAGUAUGAAUUUAAAGCUGUUUUUAUAAAUAUUUCGGAUCAUUGAUAAUCUCUACCUACAUUCUCAACCAAGCCUAAUGUUUUUUUUUUCAGAGCCUAUAGUCUUAUUGAAAAUCUGUUUCAUCAGUGUGCUUUAUUGAGUGUGGAUUUUACAAACAUUCAAAACAUUAACCAUAAAAAUACAAGAGCAGUUAUAUCCACCAUUAACUUAUAUCCCAAGUCCAUUUUUGUUUUACUUUAAACUACAGAUAAGAAAGAUAUAUCAGAGACUUUUGAAAAAUACUGACGUGCUUUCCUUCAGAAUUGGGAUGUUUCUCUCUAUUAUGUAGAGAUUCCCAAAGGUUGCAUUAUUAAAUAGCAAAGAAUAAUUACAAGGCACAAUACCUGUGUGUGGAUAGGGAAAAUGGCAUUUUAAAAUCCAAUUAUUUAAGUUAAUAUAAGCUUGGGAGGGAAAAUUAUGUUUUUAAAAAACGUAAAUGGCAUUAAAAUGAUGGCAAUGCUUGAAGUUUGAUCAGGUAUGAAAGGAGCUUUGAAUUCUUAUAUUGACUAUUCUCUUAACAAUAAUUAAUAUAAGUAGUUACAUUUUCACUCAGCAAAAGGUUGGCAUUUGUCAGUAUUCUAUAUUUAAUACUUAAUAUACCUGUUAUCACAGUCAUGAAAUGGUCUUCACAUAUUAGGUAGGCAUCCAUGUCAUUUUUUAGUUUGCAAUAUUGAAAUGUGGCUCUUUAUUUCACACUAAAGUUUGAACACCGGAAAAUCAUUGCUCAGUGAUUUGUAAUUUGGGACUUGGAUUAUUUAUCCGGGGAUGCUUGUAUAUUUUGUCAGUGAGUAAUAUUGUGCUGCCAUCACGACAACUCUCAUGGUUCUGUAUAAAUGCCCUCCAUCUGUCCCUCUAACAUUGCAUGUUUUCAGUGGGUUGGAAGUUUUGUAUAUUUAUUGUAUUAACACAGAGUGUCAGAAAAUAAAAUGCUGUUUACUGGA